ACAGCCCAUUGCCGAAUGACAAGACGAACCCUUCUUCCACCUCGUCCAACUGGACAAGAGCCACGAAACCUGCGUCGGUCGGUUCAUGGCGUGCAGCUUCUCCCCUUCCUCCGCCACGAGGCUCCAGGCGGUGGACGCGGCGGCCGUGAAGAGCGCAAGGGUGCCCCUCAAGGCGUCGGUCUCGCCCGCGCCGAGAUCGCUGGGCGGCUGCAGGGCUGCCCGCCAGGAAUUCGAGGGCGCGACACAGGAUCCAAGCGUCUCAGUUGUUGUUAUCAGCAGUUUACUGACGCCGACAUCUCGUCUUCUGAAGUUUCUUCGGCACGUACACAGCUGGAUCUCCUGGAGCAACUGACGUCGUCCUCCACACCUAAUGGCACCGAGAAUGAAACCGCUACGGAAACCCGUGUGCUCACUACCAUCCGCGAGCAGCUGGUAGCGCUGUACGGUGACAGGGGAGGCGAAUUCACAUUCACCCUCCCGUUGGGCAAGAGGCUCAGGGAAGGCCUCAAGACCCUCAACACCCUCACUGUCUCACAGAGGAGGAACAUCAAGAGGCAGGCCAUGCUCACCAAGGUUAGCGGGAGGAAUGACUCGGUGUUCUUCGCGACUGUCGGUGCAUUCGUCCUCGUGCCGCCUAUCGCAAUUUUAGCUAUCGCUGUCUUAACUGGUUAUGUCCAGCUCUUGCCAUGAACCAAGAGGUUUUUAGUGGUCAUCUUCAGACUUUUUCAUGCACAUGAAGGUACUUUGGCUCUGCCAGAGAAUUGUAUGUCUGUAUAUAUAGUUAGAAUUUGUAUAUGGGGCAUGUAGGUUUUUAUCCAUUAAGCAGAAGAUAUGGCAUAA